GUUCUUUCCCAACUCAUAAAAACUCCCUUCAUUUCGAAUUUUCAUAUAUCACAUUCCCUUCACUUUCUAUUCUUUCUUCUUCUUCACUUCAAGACAGCAAAAUGAACGAUCUUAUGACCAAAUCCUUCACCAGCUACGUGGACCUGAAGAAGGCUGCAAUGAAAGAAGAUGUUGAUUUGGAAGCUGGUGUUGUUGUUUCUUCUGCUACUCCUCGCAACGUGGAACUUACCUCUUCCACAACACACUUGGACACCGACAUGGGUCUCUUCCUCGAAGAGGCUGAGAAGGUGAAGGCUGAGAUGGGGUCCCUCCGUGACAUCCUCGGCCGCCUCCAGCAGGCCAACGAGGAGAGCAAGUCCUUGCACAAGCCCGAGGCCCUCAAGGUGCUCCGGGCCCGGAUCAAUGCGGACAUUGUCGCUGUGCUCAAGAAGGCCCGGGCGAUCCGGGCCCAGCUAGAGGAGAUGGACCGCGCCAAUGCUGCCAACAGGCGCCUCUCCGGCCUCAAGGAGGGGACGCCCGCGAUCUACCGGACCCGGAUUGCAGUCACCAAUGGGCUCAGGAAGAAGCUGAAAGAGCUCAUGAUGGAGUUUCAGGGGCUGAGGCAGAGGAUGAUGAGUGAGUACAAGGAUACUGUGGGGAGAAGGUACUUCACAGUGACUGGGGAGCACCCAGAUGAGGAAGUGAUUGAGAAGAUCAUCGCCAACGGGAACGAGGAAGAGGUUCUGGGGAAGGCCAUACAGGAACACGGGAGAGGGAAGGUUCUGGAAACAGUGGUUGAGAUUCAGGACAGGCAUGAUGCUGCCAAGGAGGUGGAGAAGAGUCUACUGGAGCUGCACCAGGUGUUUCUUGACAUGGCUGUGAUGGUGGAGGCACAGGGUGAGAAGAUGGAUGACAUUGAGCAUCACGUGCUGCAUGCUUCUCACUAUGUCAAGGAUGGGACCAAGAAUCUCCAGAGUGCAAAGGAGUACCAGAAGAAGAGCAGGAAGUGGAUGUGCAUUGGGAUCAUUCUGUUGCUCAUUCUUAUUCUGUUUAUUGUUAUUCCUGUUGUCACCAGUUUAAGCAGUUCUUGAGUUUUUGUUUUUUAAAGAAGGCCUUUGAGGAGGAGAGGAGGGAAGGAUUUGGAGAGUUUGGAUGAUGAUGAUUCUUCUUGACUCAUCGUGUUUAGAGUGCUUGAUGGGAGAUGAUGAUUCAUCUUUUUUUUUUUCCCGCAAAUUUGUUUAAUUGUUAAGGUUACCUUAACCAUGUGAUUUUUCUAUCUUCGCAACAAAAGUGAAAUAUAAUUGAAUCA